AUGGCGAUGACCAAGCAGACAGCGGCGAAGAGCACGGCAGGUAAGCGUCCGCGGAAGCAGCUCGCUCUGAAAGCUGCACGCGUCUCCAGCCGCAGCCACUUAAUAUUCGAGCUCUCAUCUCGAACAGAUGUAACCAAGGUUUCCAAGAGGGGCUCCAUAUUCCACAUUUGGGUGGCCAGCGGACAUUGCCGUUACGCCGUAACGGAGCAAGAGUUCAAAAACGUUCUAGCGGAUCAUAUUACCGCCCUGCUCUACGGCAAGCAAGAUGAAGAGGUUUCUCUCGAAGAGAUAUGGCGUCUUGGUCUCACAGAGUCGUUGUUGGAGACAAACCAGUACUGUCUUAUAGGCGACGACGAGUAG